CAAAACCGAAUAUUCAAAAAAGCACUUUUUUUUUACAGACAACAACUUGCAAGUUGCAACACGCCCACAGAAGUGAAAAAAGAUUGCACCUUUUGCUAUUUCUUAUGGUGAAUGCUUGUUUGGACGCAAACCCAUUUUUCAUAAUAGUGAUUUUCUUCGGUUUCUCCGUCGAUUCAUCUACUUGGUCAAACAUAGUUCAAGUCUGACCGGUUAAGUCUCACGUUGAUUACGAAUGAGCGAAAUGUUGGAUGUAAAAGAGAGGUGACAUGAAUAUCUUCAAUCUCUAAACAUCUGCAACGAUUGACAAGCAUUGGUUCUUUUCGUAUCCUGUGACAUUCAACUGGCAAUAACUGUAACAAAGCUUGGAGAGGUACUUCUAAUCUGUAGAAGGAUAUAAUUAUAAGUAUUCAUCCUAGAAUUAUCGUUGUACGCGAUGGAGAUUUGUGCUGAAACUACGCAUUCCAAUGGGAAACAAACUUUGAAGCAAUCUAAAUCUGCAAUUGAAGUAAAAAGAUCAAGCGAAAACACCUACAGAUACUUUCAUUCCAAUCAUGUGAAGCAGAAUUUAAAGCAAACUUCCACUUUUAUCAAUCACGCUGCAAAUGCUUGGCAUGAGAAUAGAAAAAAGUGGGUCGGCGAUAAGUCUCAGAAUUCACCAAGAACACCUAAGGAUCCAAUUAUUAGCUGGUCGACAUCAUAUGAAGAUCUGCUUUCUACUAGCGAACCUUUUGCGGAGCGCAUACCAUUGCCUGAGAUGGUAGAUUUCUUAGUUGAUAUUUGGCUUGAUGAAGAAGGCUCCUUCGACUAAACAGUAACUGAAACAAGAAUGAAGAACUGUGUAAAGCCUUUAACCUGCAAUGACCUCAAUUAACCUCUUAGCACAGCAUGAUUUGAUGGAGUAAUAUUCUUCAGGGUUAAUAUUUUUUCUGGAUUCCCGAUUUUCGAUUUCUGUGCCUCGAUCGCUUAGGAGACUCCUGGUUUCUUACAGGCUUUAGUUUGUUCCUUUGGGCCUUUGGACCCUUAAUUCAUAAAAAAAAGUUAUUAUUUUUCCAUGAUUUAUUUCGUAGUAAGUUUUAUUGUUAGUAAACAUAUUUGUAUCUAAAUUCAUAUACAUGUAUAAUAAACAUGUGCAUGAGUUAAGUUUGAUUCAAUCAAUACUAACACAUUUAUAAUA